AUGGUAAAACAGUUAGGACUUCCAACAUUUUUUAUGACUUUGUCCUGUGCAGAAUUAAGAUGGAAUGAACUGGUUAAAAUCAUUACUAAAUUAAAAGGUAAUGACAUAUCUAAAGAAAAAAUCGAAAAUCUAAAUUUUUAUCAAAGAACAGAGAUUCUUAACAGUAAUCCAGUUCUUCUAGCAAGACAUUUUCAAUACAGAGUUGAGACGUUUUUUAAAACCAUAGUUGUCAACGGACCAUUAGGUAAAGUAAGCUACUACGCGAUUAGAGUUGAAUUUCAGGUUAGAGGUAGCCCACACAUCCACUCUUUAUUAUGGGUUGUCAAUGCACCAAUUUUACGUAGCGAUAACAAAAAAGAAUAUAUUGCCUUUGUGGAUAACAUAGUUAAAUGUCAGCUUCCUAAUAAAGACAGCAACCCAGAUCUUUACAAACUAGUUUCGACAUAUCAAACACAUUCUCAUUCUAAAUCUUGUCGUAAAUAUAAAAACAAGAAUUUUCGAUACUCUUUCGGCAAGUUUUUUACAGACCGUACAAUUGUUGCUGAGCCUUUACCUGAUAACAUCUCAAAGAAAGAAAGAGAAACACGAUUCAAUAAUAUUCUUCAUCCAGAUGAACCGAAUUAUAACCAACCAGGUACAAUUGAACAAAUCCUUCAAAGUUUAGCCAUAACAAAUAAAGAAUAUGAAAACGCACUAAGCAUCUCACCUGAUACUGGAUUUCAAAUUCACUUCCGAAGGCUUCCAGAUUCUUGUUUUAUCAAUAAUUAUUUUACUGAGGGUUUGAAGGCAUGGGAAGCUAACAUAGACAUUCAACCUGUUCUUAAUUAUUAUAAAGCAGUUUCUUACAUGUGUGCUUAUUUGUCAAAAGUUGAAAAUGAAUCUUCAGAGGCAAUGAAAAAAGCUGCAUCGCAAGCACUAGAAACUGGUGAUUCAUUAUUUGAACAGAUGAAGUCAAUUGCAAAUGCGUAUCGAAAUCAUCGCGAAAUUAACAUUCCUGAGAAGCGAUACAGGGUUUGUCGUAACGAAGAAGAAAUUUUAAGUUUACCACCAGAGAGUACGGAUAUUUUUGAACGAAACAUGUUGGAUAGAUACAUGGAUAGACCAAAUUUAGAAUUUAAAAAAGGCAGAUACCCCAUGUUGGAACAAAUGUGUUAUGCUGAGUUCUUGUCAAGCUACUCUAUGAAAAUAAAACCGAAACCAGAAGAAGAAAAUGACAGUCAACCAGAAGAAGCAGAAUUGUUAAGUGAAAACUCGGGUACUUACACAGAGAAAUUAUUGGAAAACGGUGAAAACGACGAUGUUAUUGAUGAGAUUAGUAAUAUAAACAACCAUGACACUGACGAGAUUCGAAGUGAAACCGAAAACAUCACAGUUUUUGGAAACACUUUUUCAUCUAUUACUGAGCCUGGAAUUUCCGACGACGAACUCCAUGAAAAGAUUCGAACAUUAAAUAAAACACAAAGGCAAAUUUUUGAAGUGGUAAAUGAUUGGGUUAGAACUUACGUAAAAGGUUUAGCAUGUAACGCACACCAUAAAAUUAAGCCAAUUCACAUUUUUCUAACAGGAAGUGUAGGUUGUGGAAAGUCCCAUUUAAUAACAACACUUUCUGACAUGCUAAAUAAAGCACUUUCCUAUCGUGCAGGAAACUUAGAAAAGGAUAAAAUUCUCAUUUUAGCACCAACCGGUGUUGCUGCCAUUAAUAUAGAGGGAAAUACAAUACAUUCAGCCUUAGGUAUACCAGCGGAUAGAAAUUUCACUAAAAACAAUUCUAAGUUAAGUGAUAAAAAGAAAUGUAUGCUGCGAAACAAGCUUUCAGAACUAAGCGUUAUUGUAAUAGAUGAAAUCUCAAUGGUUUUAAACAAGCUACUUUUACAUAUUCAUCAACGGCUAACCGAAAUAUUUGGAUGCACAGAUGACAUUCCAUUUGCAGGAAUAUCUGUUAUAGCAUGUGGCGAUUUUUACCAACUUCCACCAAUUCAAGCAAGGCCAGUUUACGCAGAAUACAAAGAUGCAUUGUUAAAUCUUUCACAUUGCUGGAAGCAUAUUAAGAUUGCUGAACUAACGGAAGUUAUGAGACAGCGUGGUGAUCAACAUUUGAUUGAAUUAUUAAACAAUAUCAGAGUGGGGAAAUUAGAAACGCGACACGAAGAUUUACUAAAAUCUAAAUUUAUUUCACCAAAUGACCCACAUUACCCCAAAAAUGCAAUUCAUAUAUUUGCUGAAAAUCAACCCGCCUAUGAGCAUUACAAAAAAAUGCUUAAUAGCAUAACAUCGGACGAAAUAAAUAUCGAAGCUAUUGACAAAAUUCCAGAAAAUAUACCCGUGCAAUUAGUCCAAAAUUUUAAUUCUCGCACUCAAAUGGAAACAGGCGGACUUGCGCGAAACCUUCUGCUAAAACUUCAUGCAAAAGUCAUGUUGACGUCAAAUAUUGAUGUAUCUGAUAAACUCAUUAACGGACAGAUAGGUACUGUUCAUCGGUUGAAAACCGAUAGCUCAGGAAAUGUAACAAGAAUAUAUUUGAAAAUGGAAGACAUAUAUACUGGACUUAAAGCUAUGAGAACAGAUCCAUAUGCUAUUCAAGAAAAUGUUGUUCCAAUUAAUAGAGUAGAGAAAGAAAUCAAAUUUAACAAACAUAAUCCAUCUUCACCUUCUAUGAAACGGCUGCAAUUCCCAUUAAUGCUGUCAUGGGCCUGUACUGUUCACAAGGUUCAAGGAAAAACGUUUGAUAAAAUUGUUGUCUGUUUUGAUUUAUUAAAACAACGAGCCUUUCACUCAGGACAAAUAUAUGUUGCAUUAAGUCGAGUCACAAGUUUAGACGGUUUAUACCUAACGGGUACAUUUGCUAAGUCAACCAUUAAGUCAGACACACGAGCAACAGAGCAAUACAAUUACAUGCGAGAACAUUCAAAAUUGACACAAAAAGAAACUGGUGUAAUUAGCGAAAAUUCUAUUAUGGUCACUUUGCUUAAUACAAGAUCCUACAACAAGCAUAAAAACGAUAUUAGGUCCGACCGCGUUCUCAUGGAAAAAUGA